UUCAGCGGUCCCAGUUUCGUGCUCGGCCGGGCUGGGCGACUGUGUUCGCCCGCCUGGCAUACGAGUACGGGUCAAGAGCGCGGUCAGAGAGCUCCCACGCGCCUCGCUCCGUGUCUCCGGGGGCUGCCGUUGCGUCGGUUAGCCGGAAAGGGGCGGGCGUAAGCACGUUGCCACCGUUCCAAGCGCACCGGGGUUCAAGGGACAACGACGCUGGCGGCGGCGGGCGGUAGGCCCGCGCGGCCAGAAUGUCACCCUGAAUACGCUUCGCUUCAGCGGCCAAAUCGUCCAGGUCGUGGAACCGGCCGUUUCGAAGGUGAUACACGUUCAUUGAAUCGCCAUUUUCAAGCAGCAGCCAUUCCAGUCCGACAAGAAAGUCUUUCUAAUUGCCUUGGAUCGCACGCGGUCAAUACAAGUACAAACCAACACCGCGACGGCCAGAGGAUCCACAGCGCCUGAACAUCGACCACUCGGAAGACGGGUGCGUGUCGGUGAAACAAUUGCACAGAUGCACGAGGAACGAGAACAUUGGACGCGUCUUUGAGACAAUCCCAAAGAAGCUGGAACUUCUGUGCAAGGAUCUACAGUGCAACUACCUUUGCCGAGCGACUGUCGACGACCUCGGCGUUGUUGGCAGCGUGGGCACUCCCCGCCAGCGUAUCGCCGACGAGCCGAGACGGUGCAACAAGCUACAGUAAUGCAGUUGGUCGCAUUCGUCGAUUGCAUUGCCAGUGACGGCGAGCAGCAGCUUCCGCUGUGCACACUUCUUCUCAAGUCGGCUCAGCGGCACCUCCCGCAGCAACAAGCACGGCGACCAGCGUCAGCGUACCGCCGGCGUACUCAAGGGCGCACUAUCAUGCUUCAGACUACGGAGUUUUCGACCCAUCGAGUCCAGGGCCCAAGCUCUGGGGCCCUUACAAAACACUCUCUGCAAGGCUUCGCCCGCAGUGACUUCCACCAACCAGCAGCUUGUGGUGAGCUCCACUGCGCCCACAUGCGGAAAAGGCAUCACUGGUCGUCGUUCCCUUCCCUUCACGCACGGUCGCAUUUCGAUGGGCGCGAACCCCACAGGAUUCGAGCCUUAGAGGCUGGACAAGUGAGCAAUGGCGGCGUUGUUGCAGCCCUUUCAACGGUUGCUGUCCUGGAUCAGGAGAUUCGCGAUCUGGGUGCACGUAUGCUGCAGAGUCUAGACCUCAUGCUCCUUUACCAGCGGUUCCAACGAAGCUACCUUUGCCUUCACAGCUUCCACGCAACCAGCCACGGAAGCUCGUGCAAGUUCCUGGCCGCACUCGUAGUUGUGCUGCCGCUCAUUCUGCAAAGCAUCGAGCUUUUUCUUCGCAGGAUGGCAGGAUACAGGGUGCGGGAUGAAAGCUUCAAUGUAGUAACACAUCCGUAUGCAGCAGACGUCAACCUGGAUCAACGAGAAACAUUUAACGCAGCAAUACAGCCAUAUGAAGCAGCCGUCAGCCAGGAUGAACACGACAGGUUCAAUGCAGUGACGCCACCCUUCAACGACGAAGCGGUGGAGUACGCGGAAGAAAACUGCGUGUAUGCUCCCACGCGACCUGAGCAAACACACCGGUACCUCCUGUUGGGUGCGUCCGAGCUCAGCUUCGUCCUAUGGGAGGAGUCCCAGCCGUGUUGCGAAAACGAUAGCGGCGACGGUGAAGACGACGACUUCUGCGUGCCGACAAAGAGGGAUUUCCCUCCCCAGAAAGUUCACGCCUUGCUCAAGUACUGGAGAGAGAAGCGAUCAGUGGCGGAAGAGAACUACAAAAGCCACAAGACACCACAACUAUCGCCAAAAAAUUCAAUAGACGAGACUCCACCGCGGGGAUAUCUUGGAAACAAGCUUGGAGCCGCAAGGAAGGCAAUUCAGAAAAAAACGGGCCUGCAGGCAUCCUAUCGUCGUCUCCAAAUGGAGUAGGGCCAAAUCUGGCUGAUGAUCUUUGCACGCACUCUGCACGUGUAUAUUCUGUGCUUCGUUGACAUCAUAGUCGGUCCUGCCAUCGUGAUCUGCAAACUAGGCUUACAAACAGGAACUGAAUACUCUGCAUCCAACAGCAGCGGGUGGAUCCUGCUUCUCAAGCCGACGGUGUCGGAGCGCAACUGGCAGCCACUGCAUUUUUGCAUGGCACAUGGAUUACUCCUGCGGAGGAAGGUGGGGCUACCGCGACGACCAACUGGUGGACGAGACGACGCAAAAUGAGCUUAGAACGCUGCGCGUGCCUUGAUGACGCCGUGAGAUGUGCGAGCGGUCGGAUAGAUCGUAGACAUUUUAUUGAUUUAAUAGUAUUAGCGCACAGGGACUAUUGAUACGUUUGUGAACUCGCCGCAUUCAAUAAUCGCUUUUGUUUUGUAUUGCCCUUAUUCGAUGCUAUAAAACAACUUUGAAUUGA